AUGAAAAACAAUGGAUCUGGUAAGGAUGACGACGACUUCUGGAAGAUCUUGAGCGAAAGUGACAGCGAGUAUGAAUCAGGAAUAGGGUUGCUUUUCAAGCCCAAAAAGGAGGAAGGAUGUUUGAAACCUGAAAUCGAAGAUGAGGCUCAGAAGGCCGACGAUUCUAUUGGAAGUAAGAAGGAAGAUGUGCUGGAAGAAGAUUGCGAAGACAUUAUUUGUGAGAAGGUUAAUGAUCUUCGAGAAAGUAGCAAAAGGAAGGAAAACAGCGAAGAUAUAGAAGACGCUCAAGCCUGUGUAGAUGAAAACCCAAUCAAGUCUCUUGAAGAGGAGACAGAAGAUGGCAAGAAUGAUUAUGAGGCAGAGAACACUUGUGAGGAAAGCUUGAGGCUUAAGUCUGAAACAAAUACCAAUUCUGGGGUUUUAUCAGAGCCCGAGCCAAGAGUGUCUUCUGUGGAUGAAAUGGACUUUCUUUGGGACGAUGAUGACGAGGAGUUUAUAGUGGGUGAAGUUUCUAGUAUGAGCAUAGAGAAGAAGUCUCCUAACAACGAAGAUAGUCUCAAGAGUGCGACUGAUUCAUUGGAACACAUAUCAUGUGCAGUGGAGGGGUUUGACACAAAAGACGAAGAAGUGCAGGAGGAUAAGAUAGAGUCCAAAGAGUCUGAUUCUGAGGACAUGGCCGUUGAGUCUUUGGUAAAGCUCCCAAAUCCCAAAAUGGACCCAAUGAGGCCUAAGCCUUUAGCAAGAUUUGUGAGCGGAAGCCUGCUUACUGUCUUUAUGUCUUCGCAAAAAAGGUUCAAUAUGCAAGGAGAGGCGACACAAAACUACAUAAACAUUUCUCAAUGGCAUAGACUUGACUAUGCUCUUCCAGACAUUAAGCCCUCUAAUUUCAUUACGGGUUCCAAAAACAGUGGAGAUGAUAGAUAUCGGCAUGUCUAUGACUUGGUUCGGCUAGAAAAGCCAUCUAUAGAUAGUAUUUCGAGUAUUGUCUCUGAUUCAAGGCCGGUUUACUGCAGUAGGGAUAUUAACAGGCUCAUCCGUGCUGAGAGCAUGAAUAAGCUCAUAGAACUGUGCAUAGAAGAUCCUGAUAAAGCUUUUGAAUAUGCAAUGGAAAAUGAAAUAUGGGAAGUUGGGAUUCUGUCGCCUAAGUGGACAAAGGAUAUUGGGAAUAGAUUCUUAGAGAAGUUCUGCGAUGAAUCUUAUGCUCAGCUGAUAUCCUCUGCACUUGGCUUCUCAAAGUCCCCUUUCAAGCUUCACGGAGAUUGGAGAAGAUACAUUAGAGAAGUUCUAAGCACCAAGAAUGCCAGUGUCAGCAAUGACUUUAUAAUGCAAGUUUUUGAUAACAGCGUCCCUGAUGCAUUGUUCGUGGUAUUAUCAUCCUACUUUCUCGGGAUUGUUGAUAUCAAUAAGUAUCUCUGGAUGUUCAGCAAGAAUUUUGAAGUGCUUAAAAUUCUCUGCUAUGUAGAGUAUACCGGUAGAAGCAUAAGGGAUAUUGAUCUUCUUAAGCAUGAGUUUGUUUCCAUUGGAAUAGAGUUUGACAGGGCUAAGGCAGAGGAAUAUUUCAAGGCGAAUAGGAAAUGCUUCAGGAAAGAGCUUAGUGGGGAUCUUGACUCUGUGUUUGAUACCAGAUGGUCUUUUGGCCUUAAGAGUGUCUUUGAUUUUGGAAUCAAGAAGAUUCUUAAUGUAGAUACUCUUGAGGAUGACCCCAAGAAGUCUGAGAUUUCUAGCCUUGGCAGUAAAUGUAGUGUAACGACGCCUCCCUCAGGUACCGAAACGAUUGGGAUGAAUGUUAAAUGCGAAAAGAAAGAGCCAACUGAAGGAUUGAGGGUGGAAGAAGGCAGGGCGCUUUCAAAACGUGAGGACAAAAAGGUGUUUGUGGCCAACGAGAUGAAGAGGGACAGCAUGUACAGCCUCCCUCAAGAAGAGAUCUUACUCAAGCAUGAUGAAAAGGAAGCAAAAGUGAAGGAGGAGGAGUUAUCUGUUAGUAGCAUGCCUUGUGAUACUAAAGAGAGGAAUAAUUUAUACAUGGAUACAAAGCAAUCAAAGAGCUUUGCGGAUUUCUUCGAAAGUAGUAGGAAAGAAGAGGAUGUCAGGAGCGAAGACGAUACAAGUCUGUUUCUUUCCAGAUUCAUUGAUGAUGAGCCUUCUGAUCUAGAGGCUAAAAAGAAGGAGCAGAAGAAAGGUGGAUCCUUCUUUGGGUUCUUGAAUAUGUUCAAGAAGGAGCCUAUUCAUAAAGCAAAUAUUGAUGUCGAUGAUGAUUUCCGAUAUGAUCCUGUUGAGAAGAAGUGGGUAGGAGGAUCUUCUAGCGAAAGCAAAAAGGGAGAUAGUCCGGUGCUGAAACCUAGGGAAAUACCAAAGCCAAAGCUAGGAAUGGGAAUUCCAACCAAGUGUGAGUUAGAUAUGAACGUUACAUCUAUGUAUGCAAAUAGAAAAAGCGCGGGAAAUAGGAGUAUUCCUGGGGUCUUGGGUAAGAAGAAUGAAGAUUGA